AUGGAAACAUUCGCCAGAGAUGCAAAGGAAAAAAUCAAAAUGGCGAUGUCGGAUGUGGAUGUGAGUAGUUCUUUAGACCAUGAUGAAGAGCCUCUGGCUGAACUCACAGACGAGGAAUUAUAUAAUCUUGUUCAAGAAACUUUGUAAGUAUUGGUUAUCGUAGAAUUGAUAUUCAUUAUUUGUGACAAUAGUCGAAUUACUUCGAAAAGUUCUUAUUACUUGCUGUAAAGGAGAAAUCAAUUUUAUUUCGGAUUGAAAAAUCUUAUCGACUGAAAUCCGAGACUGAAGGGCUGUCUCAGUUCUGCUUUGAAUAUGAAGCUAACCAGAACUUAACCUGUAAACUGUGAGUCUGUUUGAUUGUUAGAUUUUAGCGAAAGUUAGCUCGAUAUUUCUGUUGCAGCCACGCCAACGAGGUUCUUAAAAACGAGACAACAAUGUUUGAGAAAUAUCUUAAAAGAGUUGAUCCGAAGGACACUGGACUGCAGCAGGCCGGUAAGUAAAUUAUUAGGACAGUCUGUUUCCAACAACAGCUACAAUAGCUUGAUUAAGUAUAGCGAUAUAUGUAAAGGGGAUUUGAAAUGGAAAUGGCGCAAGUUUUCUGCCUCUGGCAGCCUGCGGCGGAAUUGCAGAGGAACCAAAGAGGUGAAAUUGGACAUUAGCACAUAAAGGCACACUUUGCAGACGCUUUAGUCCUACAUGUAUAUUUGAUCUUACUUCACCCACCCCAGACCAAUGACAGUACAAAUCAGGCAGACCAUAAUACCUGGGCCUUGGUACCCUACUAUUGUUUUCAAACAAUGUCACAGGUUCUUUUAUAUCCUCUUCCGAUAAUGAUUGAUGUGUUAGGGUGAAGGAGGCAGGGCUUAUGGCUAAAUGACCCUGUCCAAUGAAACGAGAAAGGGUUUUAAUCAGCUAGCAUGAUCCCACAGCACCAGUUUGGAAGACAUUAUGGCCUCCAGCUCAGCAGACUAGUACUCUACCAACUGUGCUGACAGGGUGGUAGGAGACCUACCUGGAUUCCAGGGGUGCCCAAAAUCUCUAUCCGAAUUUGUUCCAAUUUUUACUAAUUUUUGAGCAAGUUCCCUGGAUACAUAACAAGCAGUUUGUGUUAUAUCCCAUAAAAGCUAGCCAAGGUCCUACACAACCCAUUAUUGAACCUGGACACAGAGGACUAAGGAAGCGAUCCCGAUCAAGAGGACCAUCAUUAGACAGGUACACUACAUGUUGCACUUUGUUUAUUUAGCCAUGUCAAUGGUGAUGAUUGUACAUGCAUGUGCACUACCUUCCUGUUCACUCUCUUCCCCCCUUCAUGUGAUUUCUGUCUUUCAAACCCUGUUGGAUACGUGACUUGCUGAAAGUCUUUUUGUAUGUUACAUAGGUAGAUCUGACAUUCACUGUACUGUACUCUUCUCUUGCUGUUUACCUUAUUUCCUUUAAUUACGGCUGCACAAACUACAUCAGUUUUCAAAGGACAUGUAUGUUGUUGAUCUGAACAUUUCUGUGAUUUAUGUUUUUUUGCACUUCAUCUAGGCAUUUAAAAUUGACAGCAGAACAGAAGUGUGAUAUUGCUCAGCGUGAACUGGAAGAGUUACGAGAUGAAAUUGAAAAACUUAAGGAUGAAUCAGAAAAGAUCCUUGAUAAUUUCCGAGUAAGUCUGUGAGAUAUUAACAGAAGUUAAGUUGCUGGUACUCAAUAGUCAGCAGUUUUUAUAAGUUAGUUUGUAACUUAUUCAUCAUCAGGCUGUCAUGGAGGAAGCAGACAUAAGAAGUGCUGAGGUUAAGAAGUCUUCUUAUGAAUUUGAAAGAGAUAUAGUCAAAGGAGCCGUUAACCAGGUACAAGACUGAUCAGCGGUCACCAUUUGUAUUUUCAGUGAAAGCUAAUGAUUGUGAAUAGUGUAUGCAGUAAUAAUCAUUAUUCUUUUACUUCUUUUUGCUUUCAAAUUUGCAGAGAACUAAUAAAGUUAUUGCUGAAAGAGUGACAAAAUAUAUUGAGGACAAACUAAGAGCAAGGGUGAAUAUAACUUGAUUAAAUUGUGUUUUUAAAGUGCCAGUUUGGAUUCUUUUGAUGGUAAGCUUCAGUGCUGCAUGGUCAUAGAAAACAUAAUUUAGUAAUACAUAAUAUUUAUUUAUCAUUUAACAUUUUUCUUUAUUGUUUUAUUUGUUUCUAGGACACUACAAUAGAGAAACUCAGACUAAAGAACUCUACACUUAAGGUUCAAAAGAGAAAACUUCACAUGCAACUUAAACAGGUAUUUAACCUUUGCCUUUGUACAUGUGUAUUACAACUAAAGCAUGAUGUUGAAUAUAAACGAUAAAUUUGUGUAUAAUGUGUCAUGUGUAAAAUAUGUUUAUUAUUAUUUUUUGAUAAUUUUUGUAGUUUUUUUUACAAUUUCCGUUUUUUUUGUAACUUUUCCUUUGUAUAUCAAUAUGUAAUAAAAAGUGUUGUUGAAAAAUAAAUAACAAAAUAUUUGAUAAAACUGGAGAAUGUACUUGAAAAAUGAGGAAUUUUCAUUUUUAUCUCCAGAAAGAAGAAAUGGGUGAAGUCCUGCAUGAAGUGGACUUUAAUCAGCUUAAAAUUGAAAACCAGCAAUACCUGGAAAAGAUUGACGAGAAAAAUCAAGAUCUUUUGAGACUCAAACUCAUGUCCACAAAUGUACAACAAAUUCUUAACACUUACAAGGUAAGGAAAAGCUCAUUAAAUUUGUAGCAGUUUCCAGUGCUGUUAUUUUACUGGGGUAGUUUUUCUCAGUAAACUUUUAAUUAUGUUUGUUGAAUUGACACAUCUAUAAUCUAAACAUUGUACAUGUAUAAGUCAGAUCAUUCUACACAAAAAUAUGAUUAAAGUGUGUUUUUCUGUGGAUUGAUAAGAGGGUUAAGACCAAGCUAUCAACAGGUACAUUGAGUUGUAAUUAUGAGAUCUCUGAUAAUACUAUUUUAAAUUAAUAAGAAUAAAGAGAAACAUAAACAUGUAAAAAGUAACAAGACAAUGUUCUGACUUUUUGGUGACAUCAUGAUGCCAUUAUCAAGGAAUUCUUUAACUCAUCUUGAACUCUCAUUUUUAUUCCUUGAUAUUAGUGUCAUGAUGUUGCCAAAACUUCGACACAUUGUCUUGUUACUUAUUACAUGUUUAACACUAUUUUCAACUUUUUCUAUAGAAAAAACUGAACACACUGACACUGGAAUCAUCUGGGUUAAAAACAGAGAUUACACAAAGAAAUGAACUGCUGUUUAAAAUUGAUGCAGAAACACAAAUGGUCGAGAAGGUAAACUUCACCUUAAUAUGCUUUAUUUUAAAGAAUGCCAAAUAUUUUUACUUUCACAAGAAAAUAAUGGUUACCAUGUAUGAAUUCAGUGGCCAAAGCUUAACCUUUAUACAUGCAUUUAAAACUAUGGAUUUUGUUUUAGGAGCGAGCAAAAGCUGAAGCAUUAAAUUCAAGGUUAAAACAGCAACUUGCUGAUUAUAAAGUACCAGACGUAAGUAAUGUAAAUUACAUUAACUUUUUUAAAAAAACAUUGAAUAUCAAAGAUUAUCAAAAAGUGGAUCAUUGGAUAAUGCAAUUCUAGAGCUCUGAUUGGCUUAGCAUCAUGGUACAUGAGCCAUUAUACCAUGCUCUCCAAAUACAGUAACUUGCAGGCAUCGUUCAAAAUUAAAAACAAGCCGAAAAUCAGUUAUUUUUACAAAUAAAAUCGUGAAGAAUUCUCGAUAUUUUGUGGGCAGUUUUUAGUGAAACAAUAUUCAACUUGCGCUUGCUGGAUAUAGGAUGAUUAUUAUAGCCAUCUCAUAUCCAACGUGCACUCAUGGAAUGGUUAAAUAAAUGCUCCACUUUGGACCCUAAUAAAGUGAAUGAAAGUUCAAAAUUAAUGCAAGAGACGAGUAUACAUGUAAGUCUUCCCUAAAAGCAUGCUUUGUUAAAUUUAUUAGCUUUUUUUUCACUGUUGGAAAAUAACUGUGGAACACGAUUUAUUUUGAAAAAAGGACAUGGCCAUACAUCUUAGUUUACUUUAUGAGAAAUGUUUUGGGGGAAUAUUGCAUGGAGGAUUGUUUCUUAAAAUUAAUGUUAGUUUUUUGUUUCCUGUUACAAUAGUUUCUGUUAAACUAAUUGGCUGUUUUGAUGUUAACAUCAGCUGGGGUGUGUGAUAAUGGUGCAAAUGUUGUUGAAAACCUGUUAGAUUUUUUUCAAGCUUUUAGACCUUUGUAACUUCUGGAUUAUGACCAAGGUGUUAAUAAUUGUUAAUCUCUGCAGGUACUGGAUUAUGUCACCGAACGAGCAGACUUGUAUGAACUCAACAAAACCGUAAGUUUUCACCACUUGUUGUAAAAGUUCAAUUUUUGAUGUGGACUUAUGUUUUAAACUUACCAUUAACAUUAAUGUUUUGUUCUUGGUUUUUGUUUGUAGGUCCGCAUGUGGGAGAGGAAGGUUGAAAUUGCCCAGGUGUGUGUGUGUAAUAACUCUAGUUUAUUGCAGUAUGUACUUGGAAGAGUUCCCCCAGCUGUCCCAAGUUUUUUAGCUUCCAUAACAGCGAUAGUUUCUUCCACAAGCUGUAAUUUUGAGCACAUGAGGACUAUUAUUUCUUGUUAGUUUCUUGUUAAUGCAAUUUUUAGAGAUUUUCAUUGUGAUUUUUAAAGCAACUGGCAUUCAGAAUGUACCUUACAGUGUGGUUAAAAAAUCAAUAGGCAAGUACAUUUAGGUUGCCUUUUCCAAACAUUGUUUGAAGCACUGUUUUCUAUUAGAAAUUAUAUACAAUAAUGAAACUAUCUUCUGGUAAUUAUUCAUGCUGACAAAUUCUCUUUUAUACUGUUCCAGAUGGCUUUGAAAACCAAUCAGAAAACAUGGCGAAAGUUACAGAUGGUAAACCAAGAGCAAAAUCCCUGGAAAGUGUAAUAGAAAAACGUCCAGAUAUUAUAGUGAAGCAAUUACACAUGCAUGUAAAUAGUAGAGGGCAGUUUUACUGAUCAACCACGACAGACGUUGUGAAAUAAAUUUAUCACAUA